AUGUUGGAUGUGGAAGUAAUCCCUGGCAAAUCGGUGGGCGAAUUCAAAAUCGGUAUGCCCAUCUCCUCUGCCAUCGCCCACAUCCAAAAGAACUACAAGACCAUUUCGGCUGUCGAGCUCAAGUACUGCGAAGAGGACCUGUUGAACACGUACCUGCUGAUCGAUCUGAACGAAGAGGGCCUGCUGCUGCGGUUCGAGCCGCGCACGCAGCGGCUGCACUCGAUCGAGGUGUACGACCUCACCCGCGUGGUGCUGCGCUACUGCGGCGUGGCCUUCAGCGGCCCCGACACCCUCCCCACCUUCGUGCUCAUCUACGGCCGCUUCGGACCCUCCUUCCCCGGCGAGUACAACCGCGACCGCCAGACCUACUGCCUCGACUACCCCGGCGUGACGUUCACAUUCCCGAUUCCCAACAAGUGGAAGCACUUUGACGAAGCUGAGCUGCCGAUCGAGUUCUCCGAUGGCACCACGCCGACGGCGGCGCGCAUGGUGGUCUACCACGGCGAGAAGCGUGACACCACAAUUCCGCCGCUCGACCUCAAGGAGGACUACUUUGAGGAGCUGCGCGUGCACGCGGCGCACGGCAUCAAGUUCAUGAGGCGCGGCUGCCGCCUCGACUUCCAAUCGACCGCGCAGGAUGUGCUCACCGAGCUCGGCCGCCCCGACCGCACCUUCUACAAACAUGAGGACAAGAUGCGGAUCCAUUCGGGCGAUCAGGCCAUCAUCGGUGCGGGCUGCGAGGACUACUUCUACAACUACUUCAAGCUCGGGCUGGACAUCCUGUUCGACAUGCGCACCCACGUCGUCAAGAAGUUCAUCCUCCACACCAACUUCCCAUGCCACAACGAUUUCAACAUAUAUAACAAGUGCAAUUUCAAGCUGUUUUUCGGAAGCCCAGAGGAGAUCGAGACCACGUCAGAGUCGGAGGGCACAGAGACCGAAGACAAGAGUGGCUCAGAAGAGGCGCAGUUCGACGAGCUGGAGCCGGAGGAAAGGCCUAAGAUGCCCGCACUGGCCGACGAUGAAGACGACGAUGGCGAGGGUGAUGAAGAGGAGGAGGAGGCCGCAGCGGCCCACGCCGCCGCUGCCGCCGCCGCCGCCAACGGGAGCAACGGCCGAAAGAAGAACCGGAACCGGCGCAAGAAGGGCAAGGGCAAGGCGACCGGACCCGCCGCCCUCCACAACGAGGACGAGGACGAAGAGCCGGAGGAGGAGCACGCUCACGUCGGGGCAUCGCCGAAGGGAGAAGAAGAUGAAGACGAGGAGCCGCUCGUCAAGAAGGGCAGCAGCAACAAAUGGCGAACAAGAGCAACGGCGGGAACAGCAACAACGACAAGAAGAUGG